AUGAAGACGGCAAGCGUGUUGCUGCUGUUUGCGCUAGCCCUUUGCUGCAUCCCAGAUAUUGACGCACUGCAGGGCUACUGCAGUGACUACGUGGCACCCAGACAUUUCUGUACUAUGGAGUACAUCCCACACUGUGGGUCCGAUGGUGUAACAUACGGCAAUAAAUGCUUAUUCUGCAAUGCAUUCCUGUAUGUAUGA